AUGGUCAGCUCUGCAGCCCAUGCAGCGCCAGACCUGGGUGCAAAGGAGCUGCCACCAAGUGCCCUCAAAGAUGGGAGGAAAAGGACCAUGAAGGAUGAACACCAAAUACUUGGUGACGAACAAGGAAACAAGAGAAGGCGCCUUGAUGACACUGCAAACAAAAAUGCCUUAUCUGAACUCCUGCUGGCUACCGGGGACCCUGCUUCUUUUGUGCCUAGGUCUGAGUCCCUAAAGAGAGGCCUCACUUCCCAGAGUUCAGAAGACCUCAAGAGCAAGCGAUCUUGCACCUCUUCUGUGUCAAGCAUGCACACAGGUGACAUCCUUUGCUCUAGCCGCAAUGCCAUUACUAGUUCCUACAGCUCUACAGUAGGCAUCUCACAGCUGUGGAAGAAAGGGUGUCCCACCUCACCCCCCUUUUCUAGCCAGGGCUCCUCUGGCUCCCAGAUGUCAGAGAGACCAAGUAAGAAAGCACGAGAAGAAGGGCUGUGUCAUUCAUCCAAUUCUUCAGCUCCACAGGGGACCCCCAAGGAGUUCCAGGGUGAAAGGGCUGCAGAUGGGACUACAGGGCCACAGAAGGACUCCAGAACUUCCUCAUCCACACCUGCCAUGUCAGGGAGCCGAAGACGGAAGACCCGGCUGCUGCCCUGCAGGCGAGGGGUUCCACUGACCUUGCCGCCGCCUCUUCAGCUUGGCUGUCCCAUCAUUGCAGAAGACCUGGACCUGGAGAGGAAGGCGAGGUUCCAGUGGUUUAACAAGGCCUUGGAGGACAAGACUGAUGCAGCCUCCACUUCUGUUCCUGAGAAGUCACUGCCUACUCAGCCCUCUGUCACUUUCACCCUGCCUGCAGCCAGUCCUGCUCCUUCACUGGACUCUCUUCUGGUGUCAAGUUCGAAUGUGCUGCUGGAGACCUGCAAGAAGAUGGACAGCCCUGGCACUUUAUCCUUGGCUUUCCUAGUGCUGCCCCCUGUUUCCUCCAUGACAGCAGUCAUGAACACCAAGUCACUUCCAGCCCCUCAGGCUGAGACCUCUGCAAAAGCCCAAGGCCCCUGGGACCCCGCCCCCACCCUAAAGCCAGGAGAAGACAUGCCAGGAGUGGAGGGGGAAGAACUGUUGGGAGGCCCACUGCUCUGCACCCCAAAUAGCAUCCUGUUUGAGGUGCAGAGCAGCCGGCCUCCCAACCCUCCUUCCCCUGUCACUCCUGGCCUGUCUUCUGCUUGUCCCAUAUCCCAGUUUCUCUUCCUGAUCCCAUCUAAAGGCAAGAGAGACAGCCCCAUGUCCUGGAGCCCUUCAGCCACACCUGGAACUUCCUCUAGCCCCACCCUCUCAGCCACCACUGGCACCACCACUUGA